AUGAUUAUUUCUAACAACAUCUCAAUCUCAGGUGGUUUAUUAUGGGAAUCAGUAAGUAGGUGGGACGUACGAAGUAGGGGAUUUAAGGUUAGGGAUAGGAUAGUUUCCGUUACUCCGAUUAAUGUUUGUUUUGCGCUUGGAUUAUCUAUUGUUGGUAAGUCCCUAGUAGUAGAAGAAAACCAACAAAGUCAAACAUUAGAUCUUUUUAAAGGGACUGAGGUAACCAUUUACAAUAUUCGCAAACAACUUCAUUACCAAAAGAAAAAAUUAGUCAAUUUUGUUAGACUUUACAUAUUACUUGCAUUUGCGGAGUUUUACUUUCCCAAAAUAGGGAAUAAGGUCUUUACCGAAUUUAUUAAGCAAUUAGAUGAUCUUGACUCACUUGAUACAUUUAGUUGGGGACUUGCUGUUUAUAACUUUAUAGUUUCUAGUUUAUGUGAGUCUUCAGUUGUGUUGAAGGAGGGAAAAAACAAGGCACAAAGACAUUUAAACGGGUGUGCUGCCAUUUUGCAGAUUUGGGGAUUCAACCACUUAUCUUUGGGGAAAGCACCUGUUGUUACUAUGUUUUCAUUUCCGCGUGUAUUGAAUUGGUCAGUUAUAACUAUGCAGAAGAAAAACAUUGAAAAAGCAUUUGACAAAAAUAUGAUAAUUGAUAGAGUGGUUGCAACAGAGAAGGAAUUGAAUUAUGACAUAGUCAAUACUGCUUUGUUUGAACAAGGACAACAAUUUGGGAAUCUGUAUGAUUAUCAAAGAUUGGUGGAUAACAAUAAAGAUUUCAAGGAGAGGAUAGCAGCUCUUGAGGAGGAAGUGAGGAUGAGGAAAGAGGCAAGAGUUAACACUCCAUUUCAGGAUGAGGAUGUUCAAGAUGAUCGACAACUUAUUAACUUUGUCACUGAAUAUGCAGUAGAGACUUCGGCUGGAGAUGUUGGACAUAACACUCCACUUAAUGAUGACACCAUUGUUGAAGAAAACCUAUCAAAGUCUAGAUCUAACAUUGCUACAAGAAUGAGGAAGAAACCAAGGAAACAUGGAAAAAGAACUAGAAUGAAUUUGUAA